AUGGCGCCGUUUGCUUCUCCCUGGUGCAAGAGAGUUUUGGACUGCAUCUUGCAGCUUUGGAAGUAUGCACUCCGUCGCGACUCCCAUGUCGCUUCCUCCGUAAAGAUCAAUGUUUCCGGGCUAGAGAACCCCAUCCUCAACGACAUCGUUCUGUCGUCUGCCUGGAUCGAGGGUGAUGCUUGGCACUGGAGGUGCCCUGUUCAUAUUAACAUCCUCGAGUCUGCCGCUGUGCUCCGCCUCCUCCGGAGUCUUGCCUUUUCAGGCCCUAAGCGCAUCGUUGUCCUCGUUGACUCUAGUGUCGCCCUCUGCUCGGCCGCCAAGGGCCGUAGCCCUUCCAGAGGGCUCACCCCUGUCAUCAGGAAGAUGGCAGCUGUCUGCCUCUUGGCCGGUCUGUGCCCGGCCUUCCACUUCGUUCCUACGCGUUUGAACCCUGCCGACUGUCCUACCAGGGACUACCCUUUGCCUCCGCCUGCGCAGGUUUAUGAGGGGCUUGCAGCUCCUAAGCUCCGACGUUGGGCAGCAAACUGGGCGAGGCUCUUGCUCUUGCUCACCCCACACGUGCCUGGGUUUAGGCCACACCUUGGUUGGAGAAACUUCCAUCGGUACUGUCUUGACUUCGAUCAGACUCUCGGCUUUCCUGGCGAGGGGCCUUUCCUUGUUAAGGGUUGGUUUUUCGUGGUUUGGGGGUUGACUUGGGGCAUCGUAGGAUCCGUAGUUCCAAGCCAUGGCGCCUUGCAACCGCGGAACAAGGCUGAUGAAACAAGGAUGCGCUCCCGCGCUGCUGUUGUCCUUCAGGAAGGUCGACCAGUUGAGACUGCCACCAGGAAGAGGAGGGAGAAGCUGUUGUCUGAUUUCGUCUCUUGGCUGUCGGGGAUAGACGUCCCCUUUGAUUCCCUGCUUUCCGAUAGCUUGGUCAAUGCGCAUGUGCUGAACGAGUAUCUGGUGCAGUAUGGUCGCAGUCUGUUUGAAGCUGGAUGGCCGUAUUCCCACUACAGCGAGGUUAUAAACGCAAUUGCUGCGAAGGAGCCCUUGCUCCGUAGGAGUCUUCAACCGUCCUGGGACCUUGCUUUCAGUUGGAUGCGCGAGGAGCCGCACGUCAAUCAUGUUGCAAUGCCCUGGCAGUUGCUCCUGGCCGCUAUUGCUAUCUCGUUGGUUUGGGGAUGGCCCCGCGUUGCUGGUAUACUGGCUCUAACGUGGGGCGGACUCUUAAGGAUCGGCGAGGCUUUCACUGCGAAGAGGUCUGACCUUCUCUUGCCUGGUGACGUGAACCAUACCUGUGACUUUGCUCUACUUUCUGUUGGUGAGCCCAAGACGAGGUACAAAGCAGCGAGGCAUCAGUCUGCAAAGAUUGACCAGCCUGAUCUCUUGAGAGUUAUCUCGCUGGCUUUUGGUGCCAUGGGUUUUCCUCAGAAGCUUUGGCCACAGUCGUCUGCAACCUUCAGGAACAGGUUUGACAUGAUCAUGAAGAGGCUCGAGAUAUCGCACUUGCCUUUCGAAAAAGCUCGCAAGCUGGACCUUGGCUCACUGCGUGCAGGAAAAUGGGAGGCGCCAGUGAGUGUGAACACCUGUGCGCUAGGUGUGAUCACGGAGUUUCCCUUCUUGGUGGAGCCUUCAGAGCUUGAACUCGAGGUUGGAGAGACCAAGGAGCUCAAAGUGAAGGAAGGGACCUACAACGAUACCAUCGUCGCCAAGAUCGCUGACAACCCUGAACCUGUGGAGUUUGCCAUUGCAGCUAUUGGAGCCCUCCCCAAGGUGACUGUGGACACUACCGAGUUGGACUUUGACCGGAUCCUUGUCAAGCAGCGUAUGUCCAAUGGAGUGAAGGUGGCGAACGUGUCAGCGGUGCCGGUGAAGUGGCGACUGGAGGCUGCCAACUCUGUCCCCGAAGCCUUCGAGAUAGACCCCAUGGAGGGAAUCCUUGCCGUGGCAGAGGAGAAGCAUGUGAUUGUCGCUUUCCGCUCUGAGACCCCUUGCACGCACAAGUUCGGGCUCUCGCUACAGAUCUCGGACACGGAGGGCCUGCGCAAGUUUGAGAAGGCGGAUGAGAUCCAAGUAAUGGCAGAAGCAUUCGUGGUGGAUGUUGUGCCAGAAUUUCCCAAUGAUGCAGUGGGCCUGGACUUCGGAGAUGUGCGAGUGGGAGCAAGUGUAGAGCAGACCUUCAGUGUGGCAAACAAUGGCAAAUACCCUGUGAACUUCGACAUCAAGAUUCGCCGCCGAGCUAUUCAAGAAAUCAUGAAGAUUGACUACGGCGCUCCUUCCGAGGUUUCAGAAUCUCUCAUUGCAGACCGAAACUCUUGCAUGCUCCCAGAGUGCAUUCCGGUUUCUGUGGUCGCGCCAGUCGCCAUGCAGUGCCCGGAGCCAAAGCGUUUUGCCCGGACGGGCAAGAACGAGGAGCUGGAGCUUUUGGUCUAUGAAGCGAAGACAGGUGAGCGAGUGCAAGUGGACGCUCCCUUGAUCCCGCUGACCCUGCGAGCGGUGCACAACUCCUUCAACCUAACACCACCUCGCGGACUCAGCUUCGGCCCUGUGAAGAUUGGAGAGUCCAACACCCGCGAAUUUGAGAUCUACAAUGACGGUCCUUUCAAAUUCGAUUGGUUCAUCUUCAACGCGACUCAAAUGCAAGCGGGUGCAGAUGCCAUGAAGAAGCCAGAAAAGGGCGAGCUCGUUGUGGGAGAUUUCAAGAUCGUGCCAGCAGAAGGACCAUGCUACUGCUACUGCUACUGCUACUGCUACUGCUACUGCUGCUACUACUACUACUACUACUACUACUGCCACUUCCACCCAUCGUGA